AUGGACGAGCGAUACCAAUGGCUAUCCAAUUCGCCCACAGGCAUGCGCCUACCUACUAAAGUUCGCAUCAUGCGCAAAGACAGCGCUCGCUCCGAGGCAACUCAAUUUGCACAUGAUCGACUUCACAGUCUUUUGUCAUCCAUGCUCAUACCAAUUCCUGACACCUUCGAGUCGAUACAAAGUGUCGGGGUCCCUAUCACAAUGCAAAGCGAUGGCGUUAACUUAGAUGUUGACCUUCAAGUCUAUUUUCUCAUGGCAGAAAAAAUGGCGCUUGUGCGAGUGGUCUACAGAGCCUGGCCUGUAGUCGAACAGCAAGGACACCCGGUAUGCAACUUGACCUUCUCACAUACAGUAAUUCCAAGAUCAUGGGAAAUCUUGAGCGAUACGACAGUGUGCAAUUUCGCAUGGCUGGGAAAGCAGUUUCCAAUGUCAGACUUUCUAGGUCCAACUUGUCCCCUUUCCAUGGUCCGUCGAUAUCUUGCAACAGCAUUUAAAUGCACUGGCGAUGGCACGUGUUUGCGGCAGUGUCUUACGGUCAGCUCUGAAUCGACUGAAUCCUCCCAUGUUUCAUCCUUACACGAACAAUCAAGUGGCACCGACCGCUCCGAACCCGAGUCUGCAUCUUCGCCACCAUCAUUGAAUGAGGCGGAAAGUGGCAACUUGGAUGAUCACGCAGAUUCACGGACGGAUCCUAUCGUUAGCUUACCGUAUGGGCCCUCCAGCUUUCUCAAUGCCGAAGAUGAGAUUAGUCAAGCAACCACAAUAACGAACAGUCGAGCUUUAAAAGUACAACUUGGUGAUACUGACCCGUCGGACGUUGAAGCUGCUGUUUUGAUUCGUGGAUUUCCCUACGAAGCAAGAACCGUCAAUGGCAGGCCACGGCACACAUUGCAUCCUGAUAUGGGAGAGUGCACCACGUCUCAGAAGUCAGGCUUGUCAAGCAAAUCUAGUAUAUCAAAGUCAACAUCAGCAGUUACCCUCGUCCCCAAGCGAAAAAUAGAGCGCGAUUUGCCUGGACACGAUAGCGUAUGGGGCGACUCAUCUUCAAAUUGGGACCUGCCUGCCCAGUCAAACAUUGGUACCGAUAAUCAUCCGAAAAGCGAUCGAAUCAAUGGUAAACCAGACAUUGAUAGCGAUAUUCAUGCCAAAGGCGAUCAGACCAACGAUAAAUCGGACAGCAAGAGAGACGAUCAGAGCGAGGUGCAUACGAAACGUGAAUAUCUAGAUUCUGUGAUGCGUAGUCUCAACAAGGCUCCUGAGUAUGCCAUACCAUGGUCAACAGAAUGGAAUUCGAAGGCUGCCCAUGAAUGGCUCUCGUGGGUGCUUGAGCCCCCCUUUCUCGCUGGACCAGAGAUUACCUGCGAUGCUACGAUUGACGCGAACGUAGAAGGGGAGUUCGUUAGUCCUAGCCGUUUUUCCGAAGACAUCCCAGUCGAGCAAAAGCAGUCCAUAUCUACGGGACGUUCAUUUUCUAGGUCUGCGCCAGGUAUUCCAGUCGAGGAAAACAAGGCCACGCCUUCUAGACGUUCGUCGUCUGCGUCUGCAUCGAGUAUGGAAUAUGAGCUUUCUCUGAAGGAACGAGAGGAAGAUCGUCUUCAUCCUUGGUAUUGUACACUCGCUGAAUGCCCGCGGUGUGGGCUGGCUCAGUCUGAGAGCUAA